AUGCCCGCCGAGCGACGGCUCUACAACCGCUUGGGGGUGCCUCCAAAUGCUUCGCCGGAAGACAUCAAGCGCGCGUACAAGCGGCUGGCGCUCAAGCAUCACCCGGACCGGGGCGGCGAUGCCAAGGCCUUCCAGGACUUGAGCUCGGCUUACGAAGUUCUGAGCGAUCAGGACCGCCGAGCACAGUAUGACCAACUGGGUGAUGAGGGCUACGAGCAGGCUCAGCAGAUUCAGCCCCGAGCACGCACCGGCACAGACCAAGCAGUCUUCGACCUCUUCAGAAGCUUCUUUGCAGACAGAGAGGGUUUCGACAGCUUAUUUGGUGCCCGCCAUUCUGCGAUGCCCGUGAAGGCUAGCAUUCCUGUGACGCUGCAAGAUGUGUUCAUGGGGUCGAUCAAGAAGGUCGGCAUCAAGAGGACAUCUCCGUGCGACUCCUGUGUAGCCGGCGAAAGUCCCGGGCCUGCUUGUCGCACAUGCGAGGGCUCCGGAGUUCGGAUCCGCCGCUUGGGUGGGCCAGGAUUUCUUCAGGUGCAGAUGGCCUGCCAAGACUGCCAGGGGCGAGGCUGGCUGUCCAGAGGCAGGUGCAAGCUCUGCCACGGCUGCGGGCAACGCGAGGAGCACGAGGUGCGGCUGACUGCGCGGACUGUGCGGCCUUGA